AUGUAAUAAUUUAUUAAUUAAACCUUGAAUACGAUUAUUUUUGACACAUGUUCUAUAUUAAAUGUCAUCAGCAGAAUUAGAUAUAGAAAUCCAGUAAUAAUAUAAUAUGACAUAGACUUUAACUAAACAUUGCUUUCAUAGAAACAUAUGCUUUGAAUUAGAAGAAGCUGUGUAAGAAAUUCGAUAAAAAAAACAUUAUUAAUGCCCACAUUGUAAUUAAUAAGCAUAUAGUGAAAAUGAUUUUGUUUAAGAUUGGAGAGUUUAAGCUUAUAUUGAAUUUAAUGAAUAUGUUGAAGAUGUAACAAUAAUUAAAGGAAUCAUGGUUAAUAAAUAUUAGAGAAAUAAAACUAAAUAUUUGAAUUUUUUUACUUCGACUGAAUAUGUAAAUCAAUUUCAACAAAUGUUCAAUAGUGUGGAGAAUGAUAUGUCUAUUGUAUCAUUAAUCAGAAGAGAUAUAUAAUAAUAAAAUUAAAAUAACAAUAAUAAAAUAAUUUAUUGGUGUUUUUGUUUGUUAGAUAAAGUGAAAAUCAAUAUCCCUGUUAGAAUAAGAAGAUGUCAACAUUAUGAAUGCUAUGAAUUAACUAGUUUAUUAUACUUUUAAGAUUAAAAUAGAAAAAAAAUACAAUAUUUUAAAUGCAAACAACCAGGAUGUUCAAAUCAAUUAAGAAUUGCUCAUAAAAACUAUGAAAAAAGUUAUGAAAUAGAUGAAUAAGAUAAAAUACUUGAUAUCUAAUAAUUAUUUUCAGGCAUAUCUGUGGAUUUGGAUUUAUUAAAUGUCAUCAAAAAGAGUAAUCCUAGCUCUUUCAAAUUUUACUAUAAUAAAUAAACCUAAAAUAUUGAAGAGGUUAUAAAUAAAAUAGAUGGCAAAGUUGUAGAUCCAUUCAUUUUUUAAUUCUAUUAAUAACAUCCAGAUUUAUAAACAAAAAUGCAAUACAAAGAAUUCCAUAAAAUAAUAUAACAAUAGACAAUUGUAGUGAGUCAAGGAGGUCUUCUUUAAGAAGAUUAAAAGAUAAGCAAAUAAUUGGUUUUAUACAGAUACAGAAAUUAUUAAGUAAAUAUGAUAGACAAAUUCACAUAAUUUGUUAUUGAAUAUCCAGUAAGAUGUAAACUUUGUACAAAUUUAGAAGUUUGUAUGGAUAUCAGAAGUUAUAUUGCACAUUUUAAUUAUUAACAAAAUAUGUAUCCAAAAAAAGGUUAUACUUGUCCAUUAUGCAAUUAAUAAUUAAGCAAAUAAAUUUUUAAAAUGAAUAUUUAAAAUUACAUAUAUUUAGAUUCAAAUAUGCUUUCAUACAUGUAUUAGUAUAUGCCUAUUAUUUAAAAUACCAAAAUUUUUAAUUAUCAAGGUGAAUAAUAUUUGCUGUAAGAAUUUUAGGAUAGAUACAUAAUUAAAAGAGAGAAUUUUGUUGCAAGAUUACCAGAUAGAUAGGUUGUAUUCAGGCAACUGUUUUGUAUAGUUAAUAUAGAAUUGAGAAUUAAAUAACCUUUAAUUCUGUAAAAAUGUCCUGAAAGAAACAUUGUUGAUUUUAAAUCAUUUUAUCAAGAAUUAACCAAAAUUAACUUUGAUUUAGAGAAUUAAGGACUUAUCUUAUGUAGAUGCAACUAUUGUAAUAAAAAUCCCAUUAAGUCCAUCGCAGGAUAAAUCUAGUUUCAUGAAGCCUUUUAAGAAGCUUUAAAUAAAUAUCAUCAAAUCUAACAUAAUAACUAAAAUGAGAAUAGCUUUACUUAUAGAUUUGCUGAUACAGAGAGAGAUAGUUUAGUGGUAAAUAAUAGAAUUCCUACUUUCAAUCUAUAAGGAAUGAUUAUCAUUCCUAAUAUUAAUUUUGAAAGGAAAAAUGGUAGUUUUUUGGAUUUGAGGUCAGAUGAGGAGUAUCAAAGCAUAUUUAGAAGAUCUGAAAUUUCAGGGUAUAAAUUUAAUUUAUUUGCUAUUAAAACGGAAAUUAUGCAAAUCCCAAUUAUAUUAGACAAAUAAGGUGUACACGCAGAUAUGGAACACUUAAUGUAUAAUUUCAAUUACCAUAUUAAUAAAAAAUUAAAAUAAUAUGGUUUUAGAGUUAAUAAUAUUACUUUAGAACUACAUCUUGGUCUUCGUUUCAUUGGUCCAAUGGAAUUUUUUAUAAGAAUGAGUAUUUGA